UUUAGUGACCGCCAUAUUGUUUUCACAAAUCACCGAUUGCUAGUGGAUUACAGCGAGAAGUAAUACAGCACUCCUGAUUUUCCCCUUCGUUUAUUUGAGGAUUUAGGUAAGUUUUUAAUGCUUAUAUAGGUAGAGUAGUAUCGUGGGCGCCUUAUUGUGUAGAUUUUGUAGCUUCUUAGCAGUUACGGGCCGAUUUUGGUCCAUUUUGCAUACACUAGCGCUGGUCGACUGGUCAUCCAAAACAGCCGACAACAUUUAACACUCGCUCAGCAUGCAAACAACAAAGUUUACGUUAGCGAUCACAACCAAAUACUAACAGCACUCUUUUACCAUAAUUUUAAGCAAAAUAACGGUUUCUUUUUGCAAGAAGUCGUGGCAAAGCGGCGCUUUGAAAAUGCAUAUGUAGUUCAGCGAAUGUAACACCUUAACCUCGUGGUCAGUUUCCUUCGAAGUAUUGUGUAAAUUUACGGCAGGACACGCAACCAGUUGAGCUCAAAAAUCCGUUAGGUAAGGCUCUUACAGUAAAAGGGAUUUAGAUGAAAUGAGCACUUGCUAAGCUUAAAUAGAGCUUGUAAUUUUCGAGUGUCUUUGAGAUGCAGUUUUUGUUCGCCGUUCCACUCGGGACAUCCUGUUGUUGUUUGCUUUCUGCAAGGCUUCUGUUGGGUGUGUGAUUUUGUGAGAUGCAUUGGUUUGCAAUCGGACGUUUUAUGCUUUGUGUUACGUUUUGUGGUAUUGUGAGUUUGUAAAAGACGGGGAAUGAUAAAGAAGAAUCAAAGAGCUGUUCAAGUUUUGACAAAAGCGUUGUUGUGAUUGUUUUUGGCCAUGAAGGUGUGUGAUAAAUGGCGGCCAUAUUGGAUUUCACAGUCAGCCACCUGAACCCGUUUGGAAAUAUGAUACACGUACCAUCAUUUUUUGAAUAAAAGCAACAUGCAACUGAAUUAUUUGAAAUUAUUUUUCCCUAUUUAAAGUUUUGCUAAACCUGUAAUUAUAUAAUUUAAUUGAUGUUUGUAAUGUUACUCUGAGUACACACUCAGAGUAACAUUACAAACAUCAAUUAAAUUAUAUAAUUACAGGUUUAGCAAAACUUUAAAUAGGGAAAAAUAAUUUCAAAUAAUUCAGUUGCAUGUUGCUUUUAUUCAAAAAAUGAUGGUACGUAUCCACACCGGGCAAGCUUCAAAAAUAUGCCUGGCCACGGUGGAAAUUGAAACUACGACCUCUGGAAUACUAGCCCAAUGCUCUGCCAACUGAGCUACUUGGUGUGGAUAUACACUCAGAGUAACACCACAAACAUAUUCACCUGAGUACAUAACACCAACACAGAAAACAAACAAUUAGUUCUUUGAAUGUUUGCAUGGCGAUAAAAUAUAAUUGUUUUUUUUUGUGGAAACACCACGUAAAUUUAUUACUGCAAAGCUUUUGAUCCGUAAGCCCGGAUCUUCAUCAGUGCUAAUAAUAUAUUAUAUUAUUAGCACUGAUGAAGAUCUGGGCUUACGGAUCGAAAGCUUUGCAGUAAUAAAUUUACAUGGUGUUUCCACAAACAAAAACAAUUAAACAUUUAAUUGAUCAUAAAGCCUGGUUUCCAUUUGUUUCUAACAGUUGUGAAGAUUGAGUCACAAUCUUUCUCGUCAGCAGAAACACAACAUUUUAUGAAAAUAUGUGGAGUGAUUAUAACUAGAGAAUGGGUCAUUCCAGAAAACAUCCAUACCACCCCCACGGAGGAAAUAGGAAGUUAACCCCCUUCGGAUGUCCUAAUACACUUAUUAUUGGGUCAUUCCAGAAAAGAUCCAUACCCCCCUGUGGAGGAAAUCGAAAACAACCCCCUACCCCCCUUCGGACAUCCUUGAAUGGUUCAUCCUCCCCCCCUCUCCGAACAUCAAAGCCCAAAAUUACCCCCCUCCCCUUCGGACAUCCACUAUUUCUAAAUUUUUCUAAAGGCUACCUCGCCGUUUGAAAACGUCACCGAAAAUUAGACUACGUUCACACUACGCGCGAGCGAACUAAUGCGGGCAGAAUUUACGUGUGUUCACACUACCGCCAUUACAGUUUGUUUACAAAUUGAAUUAGCACUUGUGUAAACCCAAAAUAUUUCAAAUAGACCCAAGAAAUUUAACUGAAAAGCAUUUGAGUUUACAUGUUUGUGUUCACACGAAGCUAUCAAGCGCUCCGCCGUUUUCACCUUGUUCCGUUUAGAAACCGUGCUCAAAUUGUUACUGCAAAAGUGACGUGAAAAUUUUCAAACGAUUUCGCUCCAGCAUAGCGUGAAUUAGCGAUGGCUUAUUGUGACUUUUCUACAGUGUUUUCAAAUAGCUCCGACAUGGCGGAACACUUGGCAGCUUCUUGUGACUUGCGAACACAAACACGUGGCAGGUUUUGUCGGAUAAUUUGCAGAAAUUCACUUUGAAAUUUGUUCAAGUAAAACUCGGACUGAAAUUCGAUGUAACUUGCGACUGAUUGACAAGCGUUGCUAUGUUUACUUACAUGUUAAUGCAUUUUUUAGUAUUACUGCAUUCCUUAACCUCGCCCUUAAUAUGAAAGCCAUUUCUAUUUUCUAGACACGCACCUUGCAAGGAAGCUUUAUAGACUAUAUACUAAAACAAAUUGUUUUGAGUUCAGUUCAAAUAGCAGUCUCUUAAUUCGAGCAACAGUUUAAUAACUAUUAUUUUUAACACUUGAAUAAUUCAAACAUAUAUACGAACGAAAACUGCAAACUUUACUUUUAUAUAGAUAACACGUGUCAAUUUUCGACUCAUUCUCAACAUGCAGGAUACGCUGUUAUAGCGAGUUAGUUUUUGGUGGCCAUGCAUGCAAAAGUGGGCCGCUUAUUUUGCUUACGAGUUACGUGGACGUAUAAUUAUUGCUGUUACAUAAACGUUCCGGUGUUCAAGAGCUACAUAUAGCCGAUAAAAAUUGUGUGCUCAUUAUAAUCGCCGAUCACAUAGCUUUAUCACAGUCUCAAACCUUCAGACAAACAUAUCCACAUUCCUCUCCCCCCUUUGGACAUCCUAACACAUUUUUCCUCUCCCCCCCUUCGGACAUCCUAAGACAUUUUUCCUCCCUCCCCCUUUGGACAGCAAAAAUUUCCUCCGUGGGGGGGGGGUAUGGAUCUUUUCUGGAACGACCCAUUAUCAGAAACAAUUUUUUCUCCCCCCUCCGGACAGCAGAAAUUUCAGGGGAGUAUGGAUCUUUUCUGGAACGACCCAAUAUGUUUGUGGUUUACAGGUAUAAACUAUUACAAACUGGCCAUUGAGAAAGAUUGUGACUCUAUUUUUACUACCAUAUGGAAAGCAGAUUAUAAUUGAGGUGGUUAGGCCUCAAUGACUUCGGUUCAAAGGUCCAUAUCGGUAGUUUCACAGCUUUUCAGGCAUUUUUAGGAAGGUUGAAAAAAUCACUAGAGCAAUAGUGCUGUGUUGAGUUUUUGUAUAACUGUCAUCACUUGGAGAUUGCCAUUAAAAGGGGUGGGAGGGGGGUUAAUUUGGGCAACUUUACAGAGGAUUUGCAGCAGUUACUCCAUAGGCAGCCCAAAAAUGUGUGGUAAAAAUUUUUACCCUUGCGCAUGGUGCUCGUGCGUGCAUGCAUGGUGCUUGUGCGUGCAUUGAGUGAAGUGAAUUCUUCUCUUUUUUUUUGCAAGAUUUUAUCAAAACCAUGCUGGGGUGACCUAGUCUGUGAUGAUGUCAUAUUUUUUAAAAUUAUCGUGACGAAGUGCCGCUUCUUCGAAAAUUCCCUGAUUCAUACUCUAGUAAACAUUGUUAUAAAUUUCCAUUAUAGGUCUUGUCAUAAUAAUAAACUGAGUAGACUUGAUGCAUGUCUGAGUGCCAUGUGUGAGGGUAAAAAUUUUCAUCACAUUUUUGGGCUGCGUAAUUUUCACCACACAUUUUUGGGCUGCUAUGCAUGGUUACUCAUGCAUGACUUAUGCACAUUUUGGCAUAACAGUCAAACAGGAUGUUCUCUUGCGAGCAACAUUUUAUUGUUCCACAAUAUUGCAAUUUUGAUAGGCAGAUUGCUCCGAGUAAUUUGCAAGCGACACUGACAAAUUGCAACUUGAAAUUCACAAAAGAUUUGUAAGCAAAGCCUCUGAUUGGACUAUAAGAAAAAGGGAAGCUCUAAUCCAGUUGCUCAGACUAUUUGAUUGGCUUCCUUUUUGCUAAUAAAUAGUCCAAUCAGAGGCUUUGUUUACAAAUCUUUUGUGAAUUUGCAAUUUGUUCACGUCACUUGCAAAUUGCUCAGAGCAAUCUGCCUAUCAAAAUUGCCAUAUUGUGUGGGACAAUAUUGCAAUGUUCAUAAGAUAACAUCCUUUUUGACAGUAAAUCUUUCUGAAAAAGAAGUUUGCAUUGGAAGUCAAACCAUAAAUGUAUGUUUUCAGGUAGGUAAAGCAAAGUACAGAGAUGACAGGGAGAGCAAGAGGACGUUCUCGAGGUCGGGGCCGUACGGGACAACCCCCUCCGGACACACGUCGACCAGGUGAAGAUGCUGGCGCAUCCCGCGGUCGAUCACGAGGAGCCGCUCCUCCAGCGCAAGCUGCCGCACCAACUCAACAGGCUCAAGCACCACCCCCAGCAGCUGCCCCGCCCACCCAAGCCAUGGCACAGUUAAGUGUCAGUGAAGGUGGUCGGCCAGAGAGACGUCCCAGAUACAACCAGUACCAGGAAAUUGAGAGUCGUCCCCAGUGGUGCACAGAUAAGCGGGGUACAAGCGGCAAACAGAUCUCGUUGGUGUCGAAUUACUUCAAACUAAACAUGAAGCCAGGUGAGAAAUAAUGGGUUUUUAGCAUAUGACAAAUGCUUCCCCAGAGCCAAAAAGCAGGUUGUUUGGGGGAAAAGGUGCAAAAGUUAUGUUCCAGAUUUUUACACAGCGAAUUAAUCACAGAUGAAUUUUGACACUAAUGUUAAAUUUGGUCAAGUAAAACUUAGGCUGUUUUAGAGCAAGUCUGAUUCACUCAAUCGACCAUAGAAGUUGUGUAUUAGUUGGGUAAUGUAUUGGUCAGUUUUAUGACCUUGUACUUUAAUUAAACAGCUUAAACAGCCAUAGGUUAUACUGGAUAAAUUUGACAGCCAGCAAAUUUGGGAAGUGCCAGGCAAAUACCAACUUAAAAUGGUUGUGUUUUGAGAUUGGCUUCACAAAACAAUAGUGAUCAGUGUUUGACUCGUUCUUAGAAAACAUAAUUUCUAUAGUUCAUUGUCUUUUUAUUGUUAUGAUCAACCAAUCACAAAGCCUGUUCAUGUAGUUUGGUGGGGACUAGAAGUGCCCAUUAUUGAGUGGAAAACAUUUGUUUCCUAGAUGGUAUGAUCUACCAGUACAAUGUGAGUUACAGCCCAGAGGUUGAUAACAAAAAGGUCAGAGUUGCUAUGAUCAAUGGUCAAGGGGAGUUAUUGGGCAAGCCUCGUGCUUUCGAUGGUAUGGUGCUGUUCAUGCCCAGGAAACUGGCCGAGACUGUCACCAAGGUUGUGACGCAUCGUAAGAGUGAUGAUUCAGCAGUGGAGAUCACUAUUACAUUGACCAAUGAGAUACCAUCAAAUAGUCCAUCAUGCUUACAGUUGUAUAACAUCAUUUUUCGGAGGUAAGUAUGGUGGUGUUUAAUAGUAAUUGAUGGUAGUUAUGGUGAUGGAAUCAAGGUGAUUGUGAAAGUGUUGGUAGUUCAUGGUAGUAUAGUGGUACAGGCAUAUGUGGAGGUGAUGGUUGUGGUGGUAGUGGGUGAUAAUGAUGGUGAUGGUGGUGGGUGAUAAUGAUGGUGGUAGUAGUAGUGGGUGAUAAUGAUGGUUGUGGACUUGUGGUAGUGGGUGAUAAUGAUGGUGGUGGUAGUGGGUGAUAAUGAAGGUGGUGGUAGGUAAUAAUGAUGGUGGAUGUGAAGAUGGUGGUUAUGUAAGAUUGUGACGAAGGUGGUGGUUGUAAUUAUUUGGUAAUGAUGUUGAUGAAAAAUAUUGAACUUUUCUAGAAUCCUUUCAAUGUUGGACAUGAAGCAGAUACAAAGACACUAUUUCAAGCCUGAUUCUCCCAUUCCUAUCCCCAAGCACCAGUAAGUGUAUCAUCUAUGAAAAGUAAACUUGUUUAGAAUAAAAUAAUGUAGCAUGGCUUCAUGAGUAAAUUUGAAUUGAAGUAAAUGUGAUUUGACCAUGCACUUCUUGUUUGUUUUAGUUUGGAAUUAUGGCCAGGUUUUAUCACGUCCAUUUUGCAAUAUGAGCAAAGCAUCAUGUUGUGUUGUGAAGUGUCACACAAAGUCCUUCGAAAGGAAACUGUGCUAGAGUUCCUUUAUGACUUGAAAGAGAAGCUCGACAAACGAAGAUUCUAUGAUGAAGCCACCAAGAAAGUUGUUGGUGAAAUUGUCUUGACAAGGUGUGUAUAGCCCGUUCUCCACUAGGCGAAUUUAUUCGCGCGGACAGAUAAAAAGUAGGAAGCAAUCCUACUUUUUCGCCGCAAAUUUUUUUGCCGACCAAUCAUGUUGCCGGAUUUCGGUUUUCGCUUCGCGUCGUGCGAACAAAUUCGCGUAGUGGAGAACGGGCUUAUGUCAUCUUGACAGAUUAACAGAGUUGUAGACUCGAGUCGUGUGACUUGGACUCGAGUCGCAAUUCUUGUGACUUGACUUGUUAAAGAGACUGAUGACUUGUGACUUGACUUGGACAAAAUGACUUGUGACUUGACUUGGACUUGCAAGAAAUGACUUGUUACCAACGCAAGUCAAACGUAAAUAUCUAGUGAAAAUCAAGUUUUCCAAAAUCUUUGUGUUGAUCGAUCGUCGUGUUGUACAAUUUGGGCAAUGACCUUAGUACAUAUCAAUGGCAUCGACAGAAUUUGUGCCGGCAUAUUUUCUGAGAAAGCGGGGGGGUUCGCGAUUUUGUGGUAAAAUUUCUGACAUAAAAUAACGACGCCAUAUUUACAUAUUUUGCCGUUUUGCGUGGGAAAACAUGGCCACAUGUGGCGAUAAAAUGACUUGUGACUUGACUUGAAUUGAAUUGCCACUCGGAAUGACUUGUGACUUGACUUGGAUUUAGACAAAAUGACUUGUGACUUGACUUGAACUCAGACCAAAUGACUUGACUUGAACUUGCAACAUAGGACUUGUUAACAACUCUGCAGAUUAAUUUAACUCUAGAUGGUAGUCCAUUUCAGAAAUGUUGACUCUAAAAGCUGUAAGAAUAUCGGAAUACAACCUCUCAAUUCCAUUCAUUUGCCUCCAUAUAUAUGUAAUUUUAUGAGAAAAUAAAUAGCGAGUACUCCGAAUUUAGCUUGUUUGUGAUUUUCAAGGUACAAUAACAAGACAUACCGUGUUGAUGACAUCAACUGGGACAGUCACCCUGGUGAUACGUUCGAAUUGUAUGAUGGAUCAACCAUUACCUUUGCUGACUAUUAUAAGAAGGUAGAGUACAGUUAUGUCCAAGUUGCACAUUGGCAGUUAAAAGAUAGAAUUCCAAGUAAUUAUUUACUGCCAGAGAACAUGCUUAAGUGAAUUUCCUUUCUUUCAGCAAUAUAAUAAAGUGAUUCAAGACCCUCAUCAACCUCUGUUGGUGACCAAGCCAAAGAGAAAGUUUGGACCAGGGGGUAAAAAGGCUGACGACAGACCAAUUCUACUUUUGCCAGAACUGUGCUACAUGACUGGUAUGUUGUUGAUAUUUUUUGAUCAGAUGGUGAUG